CCGAAGUGGACACAGUAGAUAUGCAAAGAAAGAAGAUAAUUGCUUUGCAAAAAAGGGUCUGGUACCUUCGUAACCAGAAUGAGAAACUAUGCCAGCAAAUUUCAGAAGACAAAGAAAGCCAACCAAGUUGCAGUAAAGAUGAAAACCCUGAAACCACGUCCAUUUUUGUUGAUUUGAAUCAAUCAUUUGAAAGUGUGGAAAUGGAUGAAUCGUUUUCAGAUACUGAUUGGAGCCACAAAGAUGAAGAAUGUGAUUUAUCAUCAGACGACAAUGACAAUGAGGCUGGAAACAGUAAUUAUAGGAAUUCAGUCAGAAUAGAACCUGACGUCAAACCACAUGAUGAGCCCAAGUUCAUUGUGUUUUACAGCAUGUUGUUAUCAAUAUGUCAACAGUUUUGUUUCAACUGCAAGCAUGAUGCACCAACUGUUGAUGUAAGGAGAAAUGGCACCAUGUGUAUUAUUGCUCAAGACUGUGACUUCUGUGGUAAACAGUUUAUUUGGAAAAGUCAGCCAUAUGUCCAUGGACGUUACCCUGCUGGAAACCUGAUGACAAGUUUAAGCAUUCUUCUGUCUGGUAUCAGUAUCAGUCAAGCAUUUCUCAUGUUUAAACACAUGGGUUUAUCAAUGAUAACUCCACGAACCUACUUCCUGCACCAAAUAAAAUUUUUGUUUCCAGCUGUAUUCGACCACUGGAGGAAAUACCAAGCAGCACUGAUAGAAUAA